AUGACCGUCAACAAGAGCAGAAUCCUCAUCGUCGGCACUGGCGGCAUUGGCACCGUGUCCGCGUACUCGCUCGAACGAGGCGGCGCUGCUGAAGUGACUGCUGUGAUGCGAUCAAACUACGACGCUGCUGUCAAGAAGGGAAUCGACAUUGACUCGGUCCAGUACGGCCAGGUCAAGGCGUGGAGGCCAACAUCCAUCGUCAAAUCCGUUCCCGACGUCUCGAAAGAGAAUAUCCCCCCCUUCGACUACAUCGUCGUAACAACAAAAAACAUCCCAGACGCACCCCCCACAGUCUCCGACCUCAUCGCCCCCGCCGUAACCCCCGGCAAAACAGCCAUCGUUCUGUCCCAAAACGGCCUCAACAUCGAGAAGCCCCUAAUCGCGCGCUUCCCCACAAACCCGCUAAUCAGCAGCGUCGUCUACACAGGGGCCACAAUCACCGGGCCCGCAAGCGUUUAUCACGACGACGAGGAGUGCCAGAAGAUCGGCGCAUUCGUGAGCCCAGGUGUCCCCGCCACUGUUGCAGAGGAGGCUGCGCAGCGCUACGUGCGCAUAUUCAACCCCAGAGGUGAGUUGGAGAUAAUAUACGAGCCGGAUGUGGCGACAACGCGCUGGCGCAAGAUCGCAUAUAAUGGGAGCAUGAACCCCAUCGCGACGAUUCUGGGGAUGGAUACCCCGCGGAUGCGCAUGACGGUGCAUGUCAUCGACGACCUGAUCCUGCCUAUUGUGCGGGAGGUGCGAGAAAUCGCGAGGGCGUGUGGGGUGACGCUUCCUGCGGAGAAGGAUCUGGCGGGUGCGAUUCUGCAUCAGGAUCCGAACGAUACGGCGUUUAAACCGAGUAUGUGCCAGGAUUAUGAGAAGGGGAAUCUGAUGGAGAUUGAGAAUAUCCUGGGCGAGCCGUUGAGGGAGGCGGAGCGGGUUGGUGUGGCGGCGCCGAAUUUGAGGAUUGUUUAUAGCAUUAUGAAGGGGUUGCAGGUUAGGGUUAAGGAGAGCAGGGGGCUUUGGGAGGCCAAGUUUCAGCCGGGGAAUCCGUAUGAAUAG